CACAGGGACACACACAGGGACACACCUGCAAAUAAAGACAAGGACACACCACACCUGGACACGAGGACAGGAAUAAACCUGGACAUGAGGACAGGAAUACACCUGGACAUGAGGACAGGAACACCUGGACAUGAGGACAGGAACACACCUGGACAUGAGGACAGGAACACCUGGACAUGAGGACAGGAACACCUGGACAUGAGGACAGGAAUACACCUGGACAUGAGGACAGGAAUACACCUGGACAUGAGGACAGGAACACCUGGACAUGAGGACAGGAACACCUGGACAUGAGGACAGGAAUACACCUGGACAUGAGGACAGGAACACCUGGACAUGAGGACAGGAACACCUGGACAUGAGGACAGGAAUACACCUGGACAUGAGGACAGGAAUACACCUGGACAUGAGGACAGGAAUACACCUGGACAUGAGGACAGGAAUACACCUGGACAUGAGGACAGGAAUACACCUGGACAUGAGGACAGGAAUACACCUGGACAUGAGGACAGGAAUACACCUGGACAUGAGGACAGGAAUGCACCUGGACAUGAGGACAGGAAGGCACCUGGACAUGAGGACAGGAAGACACCUGGACAUGAGGACAGGAAGACACCUGGACAUGAGGACAGGAAUGCACCUGGACAUGAGGACAGGAAGGCACCUGGACAUGAGGACAGGAAGACACCUGGACAUGAGGACAGGAAGACACCUGGACAUGAGGACAGGAAGGCACCUGGGACAUGA